AUGCCAUCUCAAUACUACUCCCACCCACUACCACCUCCCCUCCCCCACCUCUCCGACAUAAUAAAGCUAAAACCAGAGGGAGAUCACCGCUGCCUCGGGUUCGCCUAUACCCAAGGCCGCCGCUGCCUCAACCACACAAACGCCCGAGACCGGAAAACAGCCGUUUCCCUUCUUUACAAAGGCACCAGGGACCUCCACCAGGGGCACCACAUCGACGACCUCCUCGAAGACCUAGCACCCCUCGUCCUAUGCAGGAGAUGGCACCAAAACCAGGCAGCGGAGUUUGUCGAGACGUGGCAGCGUCGCGUGCACCGGUUUGAGCGUUCUUAUAAUACGCCUGCUCUUGCGGCGCCUUCUCAAUCUCCACGUACCACCACAUCUACGUCUACAUCUGCAUCUGCAUCGGCCCGAAGGUCUAGCAGUGGACAACAGGAAUUUGGAGUUGAGCAUCUAGAGAGGAGGCUCCAUGACAUGAGGGUAGGGUUUGAGCUUUCCUAUAAUACGCUUGCACCUGUGGUGUCUUCUCAACCCCCCCGUACCACCACAUCCACGUCUACAUCCACAUCUGCAUCGUCCCGAAGGUCUAGCAGUGGACAGCAGGAACCUGGAGUUGAGCAUCUAGAGAGGAGGCUCCAUGACAUGAGGGUAGAACUUGAGCGACUAAGGGCCUCUGUCUCGAGGACACAGCCGACGGUUCAGAAUUUGAGUUCAACUUCAAAUGGGCAAGCUCGUGCACCUUCUGCAUCUGUUCGUCCAGCCGAUGUUGCUGGUGCCAGCGAUGGCAGUGCACGCUCCAGACGUACAUCGAGUACAAGGUCGUCCGACUCGACAGUAUCAAGUCCAGUGACAUUAAGCUCUGUUCCAAUAAGCCCUGCGUCAACAAGCUUAACAUCACCUUUGGAUGGCACGCCUCGUCAUGUUAGAAGAACAGCUGGGAUCACUUUACCUUCGUCUCGCGCGGGCGAUGCUACCCGUCGACCGAUUGAGGGUGAAUGUGGUAUUUGUCUGAACCUUCUGCGAAGGACUCGGUCUCGCGCUGGUUCUAGUUCUGGCGAUGAAGUAGUGGGUGUUGAUACUGCCGAAGAUACGGACUCUGGUUAUGAGGAGGAAAGUGAGGAGGAAACUGGGGCUGACGAAGGAUUGACUUGGUGCAGAGCUCAAUGUGGAGUCAACUAUCACGCGGAGUGCAUUGGGCAGUGGUUGCAGGAGUCCAGGCAUCGGAAUUGUCCGACUUGUCGGAGUGGGUGGAUUGAGUAG